CUCAAGUUUUAAUGCCAUCUUCACUGAAGACUAAACGCCUUCCUGAGUCAUGUAGUAGUACUGAGUUUAUAUAUGCAUGUACCCCCAACUUCUGUUUCGUUGCACUCCACGCCAUGGCCAACUACUCAUCUUCAUUCUGAAGCACUCCUCCAGGUUACAGCCACACGCCCAACCUCCGUUUCAUUCCAUUCCAUGCCAUGGCCAACAGCUCGCCUUCCUCUGUCAACAAGCACAUAUCCGAGACCUCGUCGAGAUGCCGGACAGAGUGUGUCGCCACCGCCCACAACUUCGAGGUGACUGAGUAUUCGCUGCUCGAGGGUAUGGGUAUCGACAAGUUCGUUAGCUCCAGCACAUUCAGCGUCGGCGGCUAUGACUGGAACAUCAGGAUCUACCCUGAUGGGUGGAAGGAAGAAGACAAAGGUGCCUACAUGUCUGUCUUCUUGCGCAUCUGCAGUAAGCCAACAACGGGUGUCAAGGUGAAGUACACAUUCGGUUUAUUGGAGAAAGAUACCUUUCAGUCCGGUUUUUGGGGCUGCCCCAAGUUUAUUGAGAAGUCCAAGCUGAAGGAACUGCUAUCCCGCAACGACGACUGCUUCACGCUCAGGUGCGUUUUGACCGUGAUGAAAGAGCCUCGCACUGAAGAUGUAAGCACAGUCAUAGUCCAAGUGCCGCAGUCAAACCUGCACACACACUUUGUGAACAUGCUCAAGGACGGAGAAGGCAUGGAUGUGACGUUCAGUGUCGGCGGCCAACAGUUCAGUGCACAUAGAUGCGUGUUAGCCGCGCGAUCCUUGGUGUUCAAGGCCGAGCUCUUUGGUCAGAUGAAGGAGACCGCCAUGAAACACAUCAAGAUCGAUGACAUGGAUCCUUCUGUAUUCGAGGCACUUCUGCACUUCAUAUACACUGAUUCUCUGCCAAGCGACUCGGAUCUGGAUCGGAAUGUGGAAUUGCAGCACUUGUUGGUUGCCGCAGAUCGGUACGGACUGGACCAGCUGAAGGCUAUGUGUGAAGGGAAGCUAUGCCAGAAAAUCGAUGUGCAAACAGUGGCAACCACCCUUGCUUUAGCAGAGCAGCACCACGCCGCGCAACUCAAGGAUGCUUGUCUCAGACACCUUUCUUCACAGGAGGUGCUUCGAGCUGUCAAAGAGACUGAUGGAUUCAAGCACCUCACAGCAAGCUGCCCAUGGAUCAUGAUGGACAUUUUAGAGAAGGUCGCGCCACCGUCAGGAGCAUGAGCAGUCUGGCUCUGGAUUUUUGCUUAAAGUUUGGAUCUGCAGUAGUGUCCCAUUUUGAUUUUCUUAUCAUGUGUCUUGUGUGUCGGUUGCAGAACUGAACUUGUCUUCCAGAAUGUGUACUCUGUGCUCUUGACAUUUGAACUAAAAGUUCUGAGAGAUUUCGCAUGGUUAUUUCUUUCAUUUCUGUUGCGUUGUUUUCUUUCUCCCUUAGUUUUGGUAGUGAACUUUCCUGUAGAACCAAAUGUAGAA